AUGGAAGCUACAAAAGACAGUACUAUAAUGGCUCAGGAAAUGUAUUCUGAAGUAGAAAUGGAUGCUGAGAGUAGUGUAUCUUUCUUGGAUGAAGCUAGGAGUGAACAGCCUAAUAAGGGGCAAGUGCUUAUGGACAGCCAAGGAGAGGAUGAAUUUUCAGUGACAGAAACAGCUUCCUCACAGUUUUCUUUGAAUUCUGAGUGGAAGGAUUCUCAGGAGAGUCCCUCAAGAAUAAGAAAAGCAGCACUGACUGAAUUUUAUCAGCAGUAGAUAUAAGCCCCAUAAAAAAAAACUCUGAGUGUUGACUUUGACCUAGCUUCUGAGAGGACAAAGAAUGAUUACGACAAGAAAGGGAAGCAAAUAAUGCAUGGUGUUUUACAGAUUCAGGUCCCUGAACAGGAAUCGAAAAUAGAAAAUGCUUUAUAUUCAAUGCCAGAUACAGAGAAGAUGUUAGAAUCUGCCUCUUGUGCCUAUAAUAGUAUUGUAAGUUGGGGAGCUCAGAGACAGAUUCUUAGUUUAUUAGUUCAACACUACAGCUAUAAUGAUUUGAAAAAAAUACCCCAGAGCUGA